CAAACAAUAACAGAAUCCAAUAAAAUGUGUUGAAGUAGCCACUUAGUUGCAUUAGUCAACAAGAACACACCUCAGCUGCCUCAGCAUUGAGUCGAUUCACCUGUGCCGAUCCACAAAUCAAAACUGAAUAUUUUUCCAGCUAAAAAUAAAUCUAAAUCCGAUUCAAAUAAACUGUCUGUUAAAUUUUACCCGCUGUUAUGACCUGUGAAAGAAGUGUUCCAGCGGUGAGUCGAGUUAUAGCUGAUUUCUUAAGACGUAAAGAUUUAGAUGACGAAAAUGCUCCAUGGGCUCUGGGAGAAUCACCUCUAGGGGGAAUAGGUAUAUUUGCCACAAGAGACAUCGCGUGUGGAGAAGAAAUCUUUAGAGAUUAUCCUGUUAUUGAUGGUCCUAGAAUCAAGCAUUCAAAUUCGCUGUUUUGUGUGGCUUGCUAUAAGCAAACUAAUCUAGCACCAUGUCCAAAAAGAUGCGGUUUACCCAUUUGUUCCAAAAUUUGCACCCAACACCACCAAUCAGAAUGCCACCAGAUUAAAACCAAAAGAAGUGAAGUGCAAGAGAUAGAUGUGGAGCUAUUCAAAAAUUUAACACCCUUACGCUGCCUCUCACUCCGUGAAGACGAUAAGGCAGUGGUGGCAAUAUUGAAGCACCAUAAAGGCUCAAACCACGGAAUAGAAGUGGACAAAUUGAAAUCAAUUGGUUUCAAGUUUGAAGAACAAGAAGAAGAUUAUAUAAGACGUGUAUGUUGUGUGAUGGACGCCAACGCUUUUGAGGUAAUGAUAGAAAAUGAAGGAAAAGAGUCAGAUUUUCGUGGUUUGUAUCCAUUAGCAAGCCUUGUGAACCACUCUUGUGUUCCAAAUUUAACACACGCAUUCGACCAGAACAAGGUUAUGGUGGUCAAGGCAUGUGUACCAAUCAGAGAAGGCCAAGAGCUUUUCCAUUCCUACGUUAGGCUCAUAUGGAGCACACCAACAAGGCAGUUCAACCUGGUUAAAACCAAACACUUCAUUUGUAAAUGUCCGAGAUGUUUAGAUCCAACAGAAUUUGGUACAUACAUGUCUGGAAUUUUAUGUAAAAAGUGCAAGGGAAAUGUUAUACCUAUCAAUCCUUUGAAUACAAAGUCGAAUUGGAGGUGUGAAGACUGCGGAACGGAAGUUAGCGUACCGGAAAUGGCUAAAAUAAUAUGCGUACUUGGAUCCGUUUUGCGCACUUUUGAUGAUGAAGAUCUGGAGCUGAUGUUGAAAUUUUUGAAGAUGAAAUUGUCGGAUUUGGUGCAUUCGAACCAUGAGAUAGCUGUGGACUUGAAGUAUAGGAUGGUUUGGAUUAUUGGGCAUCAUGAAAAGUAUAGGUUGAAAGAUAUAGAUGAUAAUCUUCUCGAUUUUAAAACCAACAUAUGUAAGGAUCUAUUGAAAUUAUUGGAAUCCUUGAAACUGGGAGACAAUAAAAUGAAAGGACUUUUAUCAAUCGAGAUGCUCUCCUGUUUGAAAGAAAAGCACAGACGUAAAACCUCCUCCAAAAUGAAUGGUCAUGAUAAGGUCAUAUCAGGACAGGCCGAGAAAUAUUUUGAAGGGACUUGUUCAAUUUUGAAAGAGGCAGUAUCGAGUGAUGUUAAAAUAUGAAACUCCAUUGUACAAAGUUUCCAUAAAAUUAAAGAAAAAUGUAAUAUAUCAUUAUUUAGAGUAUACCAGUUAACACAUGAUUAGCACCUGCUAUCUAUAUUGUAGAAAACUGAAAAAAUGAGGUGAAUACUGACGUAAAGUCAGGAGCUUUAGCUGCUUGUUCAUACAUGUGCCAAUUGCGCUCAUGGAGACUACGUAUGCAGUUCUCUGGACUUCAAGAGCGCAAAAAUGACGAACGUUCAAUAGCCAAUAAUAAUAUUCUUGACAAAAAUAAGAAAAAAAAAACUGAUGCAGGCAGGAGCUCUUGAGCGCGAGUGAAUAGCGCCCUUGGAGGCCACAGAAAUGUAUAUAAGUAUUUGAAGUCUCCAAAGGUCCCUCAAUGAACGAGCUUGCAAUGCUUCUGAUAUCAUGCCAGUACUGUCCUGUUUUUGUAACAAUCAUUCGAAAGUUAGUUGUACAUAUUAUAUACUAAGCUAUACUCCUUAAAUAUACAGUGAUAUAAAAU